GAGGGAGCGGGCGGAGGAGGAAGUGUCAUGGCGUCGGCCCGUGGAGCUUCUUCUCGCUGGUUCUUUACUCGGGAACAACUGGAGAACACGCCGAGCCGCCGCUGCGGAAUGGAGGCUGAUAAAGAGCUCUCGUACCGGCAGCAGGCGGCCAAUCUCAUCCAGGACAUGGGGCAACGUCUCAAUGUCUCUCAGCUUACGAUAAACACUGCGAUUGUUUAUAUGCACAGGUUUUAUAUGCAUCAUUCUUUUACCAAGUUCAGUAGAAAUAUAAUAUCACCCACUGCAUUAUUUUUGGCUGCGAAAGUAGAAGAACAGGCUCGAAAGCUUGAACAUGUUAUCAAAGUUGCACAUGCUUGUCUUCAUCCCCUAGACCCACUGCUGGAUACUAAAUGUGAUGCUUACCUUCAACAGACUCAAGAAUUGGUUAUACUUGAAACCAUAAUGCUACAAACCCUAGGUUUUGAGAUCACCAUUGAACACCCACACACAGAUGUGGUGAAAUGUACCCAGUUAGUAAGAGCAAGCAAGGAUUUGGCACAGACAUCCUAUUUCAUGGCUACCAACAGUCUACAUCUCACGACCUUCUGCCUUCAGUACAAACCAACAGUGAUAGCAUGUGUAUGCAUUCAUUUGGCUUGCAAAUGGUCCAAUUGGGAAAUUCCUGUGUCAACUGAUGGAAAGCAUUGGUGGGAAUAUGUAGAUCCUACAGUUACUCUAGAAUUACUAGAUGAGUUAACACAUGAGUUUCUACAAAUAUUGGAGAAAACGCCUAGUAGGUUGAAGAAGAUUCGAAACUGGAGGGCUAAUCAGGCCGCUACCGCUAAGAAGCCAAAAGUAGAUGGGCAAGUAUCAGAGACACCACUUAUUGGCUCAUCGUUGGUCCAGAAUUCCAUUUUAGUAGAUAGUGUCACUGGUGUGCCUACAAACCCAAGCUUUCAGAAACCAUCUACAUCAGCAUUCCCUGCACCAGUACCUAUAAAUUCAGGAAAUAUUUCUGUUCAAGACAGCCAUACAUCUGAUAAUUUGUCAAUGCUAGCAACAGGAAUGCCAAGUACCUCAUACAAUUUGUCGUCCCACCAAGGAUGGCAUCAAGAUCAAGAGCCAGCAAGGACAGAGCAGAUAUAUUCACAAAAACAGGAGACGUCUUUGUCUAGUAGCCAGUACAACAUCAACUUCCAGCAGGGACCUUCUAUAUCACUGCAUUCAGGAUUACAUCACAGACCCGAAAAAGUUUCUGAUCAUUCUUCUAUUAAACAAGAAUAUGUUCAUAAAGCAGGGAGCAGUAAACACCAUGGGCCAAUUUCUGCUACUCCUGGAAUAAUUCCUCAGAAAAUGUCUUUAGAUAAAUAUAGAGAAAAACGUAAGCUAGAAACUCUUGAUCUGGAUGUCAGGGAUCAUUAUAUAGCUGCCCAGGUAGAACAGCAACACAAACAUAUGCUGCCACAGACAGCAAGCAGCAGUUCUGUAACUUCUCCCAUUAGAAUGAAAAUUCCCAUCACAAACCCUGAGAAACACUUGACAGAUAAAAAAGAAAAGAGUGGCUCACUGAAAGUACGGAUCCCAAUACCACCCACUGAUAAAAGCACCAGUAAAGACGAACUUAAAAUGAAGAUAAAAGUUUCAUCCUCAGAAAGACACAGCUCUUCUGAUGAAGGCAGUGGGAAGAGUAAGCAUUCAAGCCCUCAUAUUAGCAGAGACUAUAAGGACAAGCACAAAGAACAUCCGUCCAACCGCCACUACACCAGCAGUCAUAAGCAUUCCCACUCACAUGGUGGCAGCAGCAGUGCUGGCAGUAAGCACAGUGCUGACGGAAUACCACCCACUGUUCUAAGGAGUCCUGUUGGCCUGAGCAGUGAUGGCAUUUCCUCUAGUUCCAGUUCUUCGAGGAAGAAGCUGCAUGUCAAUGACGCAUCUCACAACCACCACUCCAAAAUGAGCAAAAGUUCCAAAAGUUCAGGUAGUUCAUCUAGUUCUUCCUCCUCUGUUAAGCAGUAUAUAUCCUCUCACAACUCUGUUUUUAACCAUCCCUUACCCCCUCCUCCCCCUGUCACAUACCAGGUGGGCUACGGACAUCUCAGCACCCUCGUGAAACUGGACAAGAAGCCAGUGGAGACCAACGGUCCUGAUGCUCAACACGAGUACAGUACAAACAGCCAGCAUAUGGACUACAAAGAUACAUUCGACAUGCUGGACUCGCUGUUAAGUGCCCAAGGAAUGAACAUGUAAAUUUGCUUAGGUCAAUUUUUCCUUUACUUUUUUUAAUUUAAAAAUGGUUAGAAUGGAAAACUUUCUCCUGAUCUAGCAGUGGUAACAGCUGUGGUUGCUGCCACUGCUUCAAUUAUUUGUAAGUGCUGCUUUAUUCUUCAUUCAGAAAAGAAGAGAUGAUAGUAAACAAGUCUUUAUCUCCACAUAUGAUAGUGUUAUAGAUACUGUAAAAGCAUGGAAGGCACAAAACUCAGUAUUUCUACAAUUGCAGCUAAGAACAUUAGGAUGAAUGGCUGGCUGCUUCUAGGAAUAGAAGAUGCCUCAAGCAUUUGUUAUUAUUUAUAAUUUGAAUUCUGUAGCUAUUUUUUGUUGUUGCUUGGCUUUUGAAUGAGUGUAAAUUGUUUCAUUUUGUGUAUUUAUACUUGUAUGUAUGAUUUGCAUGAUAAAGGGAUAAAACAGUAUACUGACAACUGUUUACAAGAAAGUGGAGAAAAAUGUACAUACAUUUUUGUAUGUUUAGAUAUUACCAUAAAUACUCAGGAUUGGAGCUGCUUGUAAGUAUAACAAUAUACAGAAUAACUUUAUUUUGUCUUGUGUCGGAGUCCAUCACUAAUCUAAUAAGAGGUGGCACUUUUUUCAUGUUAACCUUAAACUCUAGGCCUUACUGGAAACCACUGAAAGGGGACUUCUUCAUUAAAGAAUGGGUUUGCAGCAUCAUGGAUGGUCAUUUACACUGUGAGGCACUGAACUUUUGCCUUCAGAGAUUCUGACCAAAUUGGCUGCUCAAAUAGCCCCUAGUUUUCUGAAGGCUUGAAGAGGAGAAAAUAACGUUUACAUACUCUUGAUGUGAAGUGCAUUUAAAUGUUUGUUGGCUUGUUGCAGCGCUAUAAACAAAGCUGUUAAUAAUGGUUCUGUAGACUAUUGUGAUUUGGAAACUAAAUUCAUGAAAACUUACACAGUGAAGAAUUAGUAAGUUUUUUUUCUUAAACAAAGAACUGUAAUAACACUACGUGUUUUAACAGGGAUUGCUUUUCCUUUAGCAUUCUUCAGAAAGACACCGUGCUCUUCGACAUACUCCUUCCCUGAAGUGUGUUUGUGUGUGAUGCCAUAUUUCUUUUUUUAGGUGAAUGCAGUCUUCCUUAUAACAGUGGAAUUGAACCUAUUGCUCUUACUAUUCCUUUAUAAUCUGACAAUAAAUGCAAAGAUCACUGACUGGGCUUUGUCCCUAUAGUUAUAAUUUAGGAUUGUUGUCAGGAAGCUCUCAGCCUCCAAGUUAACCACUAAUGCUUCUACAUCUCAAUAUAUUCCUCUUGAAGGAGAUCAAAUUUGCACAGUUAUCUGACUUUUUGAACAAAUAAUAGACUUUAACUUGUCUAAGGUUUCUGUUAAAUACCAGUACUGCAGCUCGGGUUUACAGCUAAUCUUAAAUUUACUCUAUGGUAGAUCUUUGAGCUGUUUAGUGUCUUUGAGCUGGGUUGAAUUCAAAUUCUGUUGAACUGAAAAUUGUCUUAAUUUUUUCUCUAUGUAUAUGAAUUUUGUUACAAAGCCACUGAUGUGCACAAUUGUAAUUUUACUCAACUGUGUUGCAGUUGUAAAUAUUAGAGUUUAACCCUAUGUUUUACUUUUAUUUAGCAGUUAUAAUUUACCAGUAGUUAUGUAACUUUUAAAGAGAUAUUUGUUAAUACUUUCAUCAAUGUUAUUUCAAUUUCGGAGCAUAGGAGCCUAUUUCUAGGGACUUUGCCUAGCUAGGAUGUCCUCACAUUUGUUCUUGUCUUGCCUAACUGUAGUAAUCUGUCAUUACAUGGAACUUUGUUGCUUUGUAUGGCAUAAUAUUGUAUCCAUAAACCUGGUAAUUUUGAUACAGUUAUACUUUUACAAUGGUACCUAAUCCAAGGACUAGUGUAGAAUUAAGCUGAGUUCAGGAUGAGGGAGGGAAGGGUUUUGUUCUUGGUAAUUUAGAUGUGUGAAACUUCUAAGGAGCUAUCAUGUGAAAUGACAUAGGGUGGUUGUUCUACUGUACAAUUGGGGGUAAUAAUACCAGAAUUUUAAUAAGAUUUUGUAAAGCUAUCCAGAAAAGUAGUAAACUUAUUUUCAGAAUGACAUAGAAAAACAAUGUGAAUAUUUAAGGUCUGUGACUAUACUUAAACUUCACAAAUAAUUUGCAGAAUUGUUUUGAGAUGUGGGAAUAAAGGUAAUUUCGUUCAAUCUUUAUUGGUGCUAAUGAUGGACAGUUUAAAAAGGUAGCUAGUGUAUAUUGUUAUGGGUCAGUACUUACUACUAGUACUUCCAAAACUUAAUCUGAAAUGCUAUGUAUUCACUUUUCACUCUGUAUAUGUAAUUCUUAACAAUGACUUUAUUUAUUAAAGGGCAGCCAGUGGUAAUUUUUACAGGAUUGUGUGAGCUAUUUAAACUCAUUAACCUCUAAACAGGGUAUGAAGCUUUCAAAACUACAAAGGCGAUAAAUAUGGAAAUUCUUUUAAGGUUCAUUUCCAUUACAUGAAAACUCUUUAAAAUUCAUAUUGCCAUGAAUUUGCUUUUUGACAGUCUCAUUUGCAUAAAAUAGUUCCUCCGCCUGGUCCCAAUAGGCUCAACCAAAGAAAAGACUUCAGUGAGUGGACAUUAUUACUGAGUCUUCUUGUAAGUAGCCAUAAAUAAACCAAAAUAGUGUCAUCAAAUUUAGGUGUGAAAUUCCACAUGUGCAAAGUACUGUUAAGGUGAUACACUUUGGUGAGAUUUUCAAAAAUAUUUGAAAUAUUAAAAAGCAUUAUCUUCAAACAUCCUAUAAGAGAGUGAUUCAUUAUUAAGUUGCGUUUUCACUAGAUCAUGGAUUUGUUACCUUGAUGCAGAAGCACAUUGCAGAGAAAGGCUUGCAGUCUACCUCACUAUUCUCCAGUUCUGACAUGUACCGCCAUGUAGAUGCCUUUGCACCUUUUAUAUAGGAAGUUUUCUAGAACCAGAUGAAAAAUGGUGUAUGUUCUCUGAAACAUUCCCAGAGGCCUGACUUUA